AUGUCGACAGCACAUCGCCCCACAUGGGACCCAGCGAGGGGCAAAAAUGACACCAAGCAUGCGUCCAAAGUAGUCUCUACCCGCGAUGUGCCCGCGCACACCAAACUCAAGUACCGCCAAGAUGGGGAAGGGCAAGCAGCCAUCUCCAGCACAGACUUUGGCGAGGAGACAAGGGAGGCAUUGAAGGCUAGACUGGCUAGGGCAGAGAGGGAUGCGAGGAAUAAGAAGAGGAAGGCCGAAGGGCUGGAGCCGGAGCCAGAGACGGAGCCUGAGGAGGGGCAUGAGGACGACGUCGACGAGGAGAGCGCAUUCAAGAAGCCGAGGUUGCCCGAGAGGAUAGCUGGCGCGGCUGCUGGUGACGGCGACGCUGAGGAUGACGAGGGAGAGGACGAUGAAGACAAUGAGGAUGGCGACGACGACGAAGAUGAUGAGGAGAUCGAAGCAAGAGCUCGCGCGAUCCUCAAGGAGCAAGGCCUAGACGGAGGCGAAGAGGAAGACGAAGACGACGAAGACGAAGACGAAGACGAUGACGAUGACGAAGACGAGACUGCCCAACUGAUGCGCGAGCUCGAGAAGAUCAAGGCAGAGAAGGCGGCCGCUGCUGCAAAGAAGGCAGAAGAGGAGGAGCGUGAGCGCGAGAAGCGUGAGGAGGAGAUUGCGUUGGGCAACCCACUCCUCAACGGCAAUCGUGACGAGCGAGGAGCUGGCAGCUCGGCGCGCGGCCGUUCCCCCUCUGCAAUGAGCGUAUCCACCGAAGCCACAGGACAGCCAUCCUUUGGCGUCAAGAGGAGGUGGGACGACGAUGUCAUCUUCAAAAAUCAGGCGGCAGGCGCCAAGCAAGACAAGAGCGAUUUCAUCAAUGAUAUGACGAGGAGCGAUUUCCACAAGGAGUUCAUGCGGCGCUACAUCAAGUGA